AUGCGUCAUGUGACUUCACCCAGCACUGCCUAGCUCAGCACCAAGCCUACUGGUUUCUGGAGAUUUGAUGUGAGAAAAGGACAAAACCCGAACCCUUUUUCCUCUCAUCUUUCCUAGUUUAGACUGUUUUUUUGUUUUGUUUUGUUUUUUUAAAUUUAUCUCUCUCUCGCCCUUUUCCUUCCUGCUUUUUUCUCACCAUCGGAUAAUGUGGACCGUCAAUGCGCUCGGAGUAUGGCAAAAGAUUUAGGAUGCUGCACUUGUGCUGCUCGUUUUGUUGCUCUCUUUUUACCUAAAUGCCAGCGCCGUGAAUGCGUCGGACCGAGUGGACAAGCCUGCUGCUAGAGGUCCGCAUUCAGAAAGUCAACAUCUUUGCUUGUGUAUCUCUUUAUUUAAUGCUUUUCCGGAGCGACUUGGGAAGGAUGUAACGGCCGAUCCACCUUGUGCAGCUGAAGUCUCCGCAUCAAAAUGCAGAAGGCAAUACGACUUAAUGAUGGUCAUGUCACCUACCUGGGGCUUUUGGCAAAAAAGGAUGGUACAAGACGAGGGUGCUUGAGCAAAAAGAGCUCAGACAACACGAAAUGGCACACAAAGUGGUUUGCUUUGUUACAAAAUAUGCUGUUUUAUUUUGAGAACGAGUCCAGCUCUCGACCCUCGGGAUUAUACCUGUUGGAAGGAUGCAUAUGCGACAGGGCGCCUUCGCCGAAACCUUCACUGUCAGCGAAGGAGUGUUUGGAAAAGCAGUACUAUUUCACUGUCAGCUUCACCCAUGAAAACCAAAAGGCGCUCGAGUUACGCACAGAAGAUGUAAAGGACUGCGAUGAAUGGGUGGCUGCAAUAUCACACGCCAGUUAUAGAAACUUGGCCACCGAGCAUGAGACUCUCAUGCAGAAGUAUCUUCAUUUGCUUCAGAUUGUGGAGACGGAGAAAACAGUUGCUAAGCAACUUCGACAACAGAUAGAAGAUGGGGAAAUAGAGAUUGAAAGGCUUAAGUCAGAGAUUGCUGGGCUGCUCAAAGACAAUGAGAAGAUCCACGCUAGCCCGGCAGCUGCCCCAACUGAAGACGACUCAGAAAUCAAGAAGAUCAAAAAAGUCCAGAGCUUCUUGCGAGGCUGGAUCUGCAGGAGGAAGUGGAAGACCAUCAUCCAGGAUUACAUUCGCUCACCACACGCAGAGAGCAUGAGGAAGAGGAACCAGGUUGUGUUCAGCAUGUUGGACUCUGAAGCGGAGUACGUCCAGCAGCUGCACAUCCUGGUCAACAACUUUCUGAGGCCGCUUCGUAUGGCAGCCAGUUCCAAGAAGCCACCCAUCACACAUGAUGAUGUCAGCAGCAUAUUCCUCAACAGUGAAACUAUCAUGUUCCUGCAUCAGAUAUUUUACCAAGGUCUUAAAGCCAGAAUAGCGAGCUGGCCAACGUUAGUGCUGGCCGACCUCUUCGACAUCCUGUUGCCCAUGCUGAACAUCUACCAGGAGUUUGUGAGAAACCACCAGUACAGCCUGCAGAUCCUGGCUCACUGCAAGCAGAACCGAGACUUCGACAAGCUCCUGAAGCAGUACGAGGCCAAGCCCGACUGUGAGGAGAGAACUCUGGAGACCUUCCUUACCUACCCCAUGUUUCAGAUUCCCCGCUACAUCCUUACGCUCCAUGAACUUUUGGCCCACACACCCCAUGAACAUAUAGAGAGAAACAGUCUGGACUAUGCCAAAUCUAAGCUGGAGGAGCUUUCCAGAAUCAUGCAUGACGAAGUGAGCGAGACUGAGAACAUCAGGAAGAACCUGGCAAUUGAGCGCAUGAUCGUAGAGGGCUGCGAGAUUCUCCUCGACACCAGUCAGACAUUUGUGAGACAAGGGUCUCUUAUCCAGGUGCCAAUGAGCGAGAAGGGCAAGAUCACCCGUGGGCGACUGGGCUCUCUGUCUCUGAAGAAGGAGGGGGAGAGACAGUGCUUCCUCUUCUCCAAGCAUUUAAUCAUCUGUACCAGAGGGUCUGGGGGAAAACUUCACCUCACCAAGAAUGGAGUAGUCUCACUCAUAGACUGCACUCUUAUGGAGGACCCUGAGGGGACAGAUGAUGAGUCCAAAUCAGACAAGAGUGGCCAGGACAUGGAGCACCUGGACUUCAAGAUUGUGGUAGAGCCAAAGGACAGUCAGUCAUUCACAGUCAUCCUGGUGGCCUCCUCCAGGCAGGAGAAGUCGGCAUGGACCAGUGACAUCAGUCAGUGUAUCGACAACAUCCGCUGUAAUGGACUAAUGAUGAACGCCUUUGAAGAUAAUUCCAAAGUCACAGUGCCGCAAAUGAUCAAGUCAGACUCAAGCCUGUACUGUGAUGAUGUGGACAUCCGCUUCAGUAAGAUGAUGAACUCCUGUAAGGUGCUGCAGAUCCGCUACGCCAGCGUAGAGCGUCUACUGGAGAGACUGACUGACCUCCGUUUCCUCUCCAUUGACUUCCUCAACACCUUUCUGCACUCCUAUCGUGUGUUCACUACCGCUGAUGUGGUGCUAGACAAACUCAUCACCAUUUACAAAAAGCCCAUCAGUGCCAUCCCCGCUCGGUCCCUAGAGUUAUUCUUCGCCAGCAGUCAGAACAGUAAACUCCUGUAUGGAGAACCUCCCAGCUCCCCCAGGGCCAGCCGUAAGUUCUCCUCCCCUCCUCCGCUCGCUAUCGCCAAGAAUUCAUCCCCCAACCGACGACGCAAGCUCUCUCUCAACAUUCCCAUCAUCACUGGGGGCAAAGCUCUUGACCUGGCUGCCCUCAGCUGCUCCUCAAAUGGCUAUGCAAGCAUGUACUCCUCCAUGUCUCCAUUCAGCAAGACCACCUUGGACAUCAACAAGCUGUACGUGUCCAGCCCCAUCACGAGCAAAAUCCCAGACGAAGGAGAGGAUAAGAAGGACAAGGUGGAGGAUGCCUCUGUGUGCAAACAAGAUCUGUCUGUGCGAGAGGAAAGUGACAAUGAUCAAAACCAGAGUGAUGACGGUGACCCCGAGGCCUCUCCAACCAAGUCACCCACCACACCAAAAAACGUCAAAGGCAAAAACUCCUCAGAGUUCUCUCUGUUUUCCUACAACAAUGGCAUGGUGAUGUCCUCAUGUCGAGAGCUGGACAACAACCGCAGCGCCCUGUCUGCUGCCUCCGCCUUUGCUAUUGCCACAGCUGGAGCCAACGAGGGCACUCCAACCAAGGAAAAAUAUCGAAGGAUGUCCCUUGCCAGCACAGGUUUUCCAACAGAUCAGAGAAAUGGAGACAAAGAGUUUGUGAUCAGACGAGCAGCGACCAACAGAGUUCUCAAUGUCCUGAGGCACUGGGUGUCCAAACACUCUCCGGACUUUGAAUCCAACAAUGAGCUGAAGACAAAGGUUAUUGCCUUCCUGGAGGAAGUGAUGCAUGACCCUGAGCUGCUGACCCAAGAGAGGAAAGCAGCCGCCAACAUCAUCAGGACUUUAACUCAGGAAGACCACGGUGACAAUCAGAUCACCCUUGAAGAUGUGACACAGCUGAUGGGAACAGGGAAGGCUGAGCCCUUUGAGAGUCACUCAGCUCUGGAAAUUGCAGAACAGCUCACCCUCUUGGACCACCUGGUAUUUAAGGUCAUCCCCUACGAGGAAUUCUUCGGACAAGGCUGGAUGAAGAAUGACAAAAAUGAGAAGACACCGUAUAUAAUGAAAACAACAAAGCACUUCAAUGAUAUAAGCAACCUUAUAGCUACAGAGAUCCUGCGCUGUGAGGAUGUGGUGACCCGGGUGGCGGUCAUCGAGAAAUGGGUGGCUGUGGCCGACAUCUGCCGCUGUCUCCAUAACUACAACGCCGUUCUCGAAAUCACCUCAUCUCUGAACCGCAGCUCUGUUUUCCGUCUCAAAAAGACCUGGCUCAAGGUUUCCAAGCAGACGAAAGGAUUGACUGACAAGCUACAGAAGCUGGUCUCUUCAGAGGGGAGGUUCAAAAACCUGAGAGAGGCUUUAAAGAACUGUGAUCCUCCCUGUGUGCCCUAUCUGGGGAUGUACCUCACUGACCUGGCUUUCAUUGAGGAGGGAACGCCAAACUACACCGAAGACAAUUUGGUCAACUUCUCAAAGAUGAGGAUGAUUUCCCACAUCAUCAGAGAAAUCAGGCAGUUUCAGCAAACAGCAUACAAGAUUGACCUUCAACCAAAGGUAACCCAGUAUCUGCUGGAUAACAGCUCUGUUCUGGACGAAGAAAGCAUGUACGAAGCCUCACUCAGAAUUGAGCCCAAAGUGCCCAACUGAGUGGGAGGUGGUCCUUCACCUUAUUUUCUCUGUUAAUAUUAUACAUCAGAUAACAUACACAUCAACUUUUGUAUAGUUGUACAUGUUUAAGAUAUUUGCUCUUCUGUACAGUAGAUGUUUAAGAUUGUUUGACGACACAAAACAUUUCAGUGUAUGUUUUUUGUUGGAUACAGAUGCCAUAAUGCCACCUGCUUUUGGGAUUUUAUUUUUUAUUUUUUUGAGGUAUCUCAAGCAUAAUAACAGAGGUCACUUAGAUUGAACGCAACAAUGUCUUCCUAGUGACCAAUGACAUUAUUUUGCAUUAUCUCAUACUGUGUCGAGUUUGCACUUACUGAGCACUUGUGCUGCCGGCCGUUGUUCUCUUUGCUUGAGUUUUAAUGAUGACUGACUUUUUCUGCAACCAAUGUAGCAUUGUAAAAAUGUAACUGCAUCAAAUCAGGUAAAAGAGCACAGAAAAUUUAACUGUAUUAUACGACGAGGAACCACGAAUGGCGGCGAUGGCAGUGAGGCAUCUGAAGCAUAAUUGUCUCUGUGCUUCCAAAACCAAAACAAGAGGAGGGUGUUUUUCAUUUUCUCACUAAUUUACAUCAGCUUACACCACCUUAAACUGACAAUAUUGAAGUGUCUUUAUUUUUUUGUUGUUUUUUGGAAUGAACUGUCUUUUUUUAAGUGUCUUGUCAAAGGUGCCAAACUUCACCAUAAACACCUCAGUUUAUUUAAAACACAGUUUAAUGAAGGUUUACAUCUUUAGGUGAGGGAUGCUUCAUCUGUGUUUACUGUUAAACGGGACAAUACAAUUCGGUUUCCCUUUGUUAUAAUAUUAUGUUCCGUGGUUUUUGGUUCAGCUCAUGACAAAAUAUCACAUGCGGUGGUAAGUGUUGUACCUUCAGGUUCGGCGAUACUUCUGUAGAGUAAAAGGUUGUUGCUCUUCUGUAAUUAAAGACAAUCUGUCCUUUUUGCUGUUCCAGUGAUUGUGGAACGUGACUGUAUAUCACUCUGUUAUAUGCAUUGCUGUUUAAGAAAAUGAAAAAAACGUAUGUGAAUGACCUCUGCCUGCAGCAUUCAAACACUAUUUUUGUAGUAGUAUAAGAGAGUGAUCUGCUCUUUAUAUGAACAUGGGAAAGUAUUUUGUACUUUGUUGUUAAUUCACCUCACUGAGACGUGCUGUACAUUUUGUACAUGCGAGCCUGCAUAUUUCUCAAUGUGGAACAGUGUAAUCCUUAAAAAAAAAUUGUAUCUCAAGCUUAAACACAAAACGCUACAACAGUGCGGUCUUGAAACCAUGAGUUAGAGGUAGGAGACAACUUCAAAAUGUUUUGCAUUUAUACUGUAAUCCUGUCUAUAACCAUUUCUUUUAGCAGGAAUAUAGUAAUGUAGUGCUUAUUCUGUGAAUAUUUGUAUGUAUUUUUACUAUGUAUGUACAGUACACUUUUGAAGCUCAUGUGGCAGGCAUGCAACACCUUCACAGACAGAAUAAUACUAUAUACUUAUACUGUAUACACUUAUACAUGCACAUACUCUUAUAAGGUAUAUAAAUAAAUAAACAUUUUGCUGUUAGCAAUACCCAGUGGUAUGAAAAUUAUCUUUCAACCCUCAUGUUUCCACAUCUUAAGAAAUAUUCCCAGUUUUGUAAGAAAAAAAAAAAAAGAAAAGAUGCAAAACAUGAUGAUGACAAUAACAACAAGUAAACAGAAGUAUGUUUCCCAGUUACCUCUUGCUAAUAAAUCCAUUUUAUCUCAGGGG